AUGACGUUGGAAAGAUUGCCCGAUGAGUUAUUAAUUGAACUAUUCGAAUAUUUUGAUGCUCCAGAACUCUUUCAAAUAUUCUAUGGUCUUAAUAAUCGUUUUAAUACAAUCCUUUUCGAUAAAUGUCGAUCUUCUCACCUUAAUUUCCAUUCCAUGAUGAAAUAUGGCUACGCUAGUCAAUGCCAGUCGUAUCUAAGAACAAUCGUUGAUCAAAUCAUUUCAUUACGUCUAUUUGGUGAGAGCAAUGAAUAUCCAUCACAAAUGAACAUAUUCGCCUCUAUUGGUAUAUCACUGGAAGAAUUCACGCAUUUACGAUCCGUUUCGUUGUUAUAUGUUAAUAGCAGCGACGCGUUUAGUCUGGUACUUAGUUGUUAUGGAAUGCCACAUCUCACUCAUCUGAAAGUGUUUCAAUCUUCUCGACCCUCUGCGAUAGAUCAGAACUUUUCGAAUGCGGUUUGGGGUUUACCUAAAUUGGCACAUUUUCGCUUAAAGACAUCAGACAGAUUUUCCCUGCCGACUACUAUCUCAGUCACGCUGACGUAUGUUUCGAUUCUCUGUGAUGUCGGUGAUCUGACACUAAUCGAUGGUAUCAUUCGACAAACGCGAUCACUUCUAUAUCUUCAUAUACCUCUGAACAACUUAAAUGAAGAUCAUAAACAAACACUUCCAGUAUGGCCGUCAAUAUCUAUGUUAAACUUAUCCGAUGUUCGGUCAUUCGAUGUCAUGGAGAAAGUUUUGAAAUCAACACCUAACUUAACUCAAUAA